AUGAAGUCGGCCGAAGGUCCGAUGAUGUGCAACCUCCCGGCAUUUGCUGGCGGACAGCCCGAAUCUCUUGAGAUAUCACACGAAGAUGUCAAUAUCGACUUUGGAGAAGCGGAAAAGUGUGGCAUUCCAGCAGCAACACUCUUGAAAUUUGCAUGGGCCUUGACACUGCACCUCUACACCGGCCAUAGUAACCCAAGCUUCUAUGUUGGCUCAGCAGAUGGCCAUGGCAAGUCCACCACCAAUACGUAUGUCAUUAGACCGCAAGAUACUCUGUCGGGGUUUAUCUCUCGACAUGGCGUCUCUACAAUUCAGAACGGAGUGAAUGGCAACAAAGCUGCUGGGGAUCACGAGUCGCAGCAACUGAAUACCGUCUGUAACACAAUUGUACGGUUGGGCUCCUUGGCUUCGCAAGCCACUGUCCAUUUUGUGAUAAAUGGGGAAAAGUCACAAAACAACACACUCCCAACUGAAGCACAGGUCUCUCUUGAUGCUCAAAUCAACAACGAUCUUGCAACCAAGUGCUCUCUACUGUUCCGCAAGUCAUUCAUCUCCGAGGAUGAAGCGCGAAACCUUGCAGCUACCGUCGCCCAUCUUGUCCAUGAACUCGUCAACAACCCUGGCAAGCGUGUUGCGGACCUCCAGCCGAGCACACGGGACCGAGACCAGAUUCGACUGUGGAACAGCGGACAGCUUCUCCAAACCGAGUGCUUGAUCCACGAGGCGUUUACUCUUGUAGCCGCCGAAAGACCAAACGAUGAGGCAAUCGAUGCAUGGGAUGGAUGCAUGAGCUUCAAAGACUUGGAGCAUGCCUCGAAUGUGUUGGGGUAUCAACUGAUUCGACAAGGAGUUACACCUGGAUCUUUAGUUCUCCUCAGUUUCGAAAAGUCCCUUUGGGCUGUUGUAUCUUGGUUGGCAGUCCUUAAAGCAGGCGCUGCUUGCGUUUUUCUCGACAGGAGACAUCCAGUUGGUCGUGUGCGACAGAUUGUCGAGGCAACUGGCGCUACACAUGCGCUGACCAGCUCCUCUCUUACAAUUCAACUCGAUGACCUUGGUCUCAACGUCAUACAGGUGCCGAUACAGCCUCUCACUUCCAACGGCGUCCAGAAUGGCAACGAACACAAGUGGCCAACAGUUCAUCAUGAGGAUGCAGCGUUCGUCAUCUUCACUUCUGGAAGCACUGGCACUCCGAAAGGUGUCGUGUUGACGCACACGGGAGUCCACACAACAUCUCAGGAUAUUGCCAAGUCUCUUGGAGUCACGGCCGACUCGCGGGUUCUCCAAUUCUCAUCAUACACUUUCGAUAUGAGCAUCGCAGAUAUGGUCACCAGUCUACUCAGUGGAGCUUGUAUUUGUAUUCCAUCAGAGGCGGAUCGACUUGACAGCCUACAAGCUUAUUUGCAAGAGACCAGCAUUACUUGGGCCAUGCUCACACCGACCGUCGCACGUCUUCUUGACGCCAGAGUCACAGCCAAUCUCAAGACUCUUGUCCUGGUCGGAGAAGUGGUGAAAGAGUCUGACAUACGACCAUGGAUAGAUGCCGGAGUACAAGUGCAUAACGGUUACGGCCCUGCAGAGGCAACUUUCCUAGCGACCUCGACAGGCAAGGUCGGUACCCGCCUUGGUCGAGCCAGCUGCAUCGGCCGUGGUAUGAACACCAGGACUUGGAUCAUCGACCCUGUCAAUGACCAGCUCGCACCUAUCGGCGCAGUUGGGGAGCUGGUAGUAGAGAGUCCAGUCCUGGCAAUUGGUUAUCUCAAUGAUCCUCGAAAAACAGCUGAGAGCUUCGUUUCCAACCCAAACUGGGCGCAACUCGAAACCCACGACACAGCUCGCAGGAGGUUCUACAAGACUGGUGAUUUGGCACGAUACUUCGCGGACGGCUCAUUGGAGUGCAUCGGACGAGCCGACACGCAGGUAAAGCUUGGCGGUCAGCGGGUCGAGCUGACCGAUAUCGAGCACCAUCUGCGCAAGAACAAUGCUACUGCGAACUCGGCUGUGUUCCUUCCCCAGCGUGGACCGUUUUCUGGGCGUCUUACAGCAGUGAUGGCUUCUUCAUCUCAAGCGGCAACUCUCAAGAACGGACAUACUCCCAUCUUCAGGCCUUGUGGUGGUGAUAUCAUUGCAGACGCCAAGUCAGCUCUCCUACAGGCUAUUGCCACUUACAUGGUACCAUCUGUGUGGCUCGAAGUUGGUUCAUUACCAUUCACUGCUACCGGCAAGCUGGACCGCCGUUUGCUUCUGGAAAAGUUGGAGGCUAUGUCGUCUCAAGACGCCAUGGAUUACGUGAGCGAGGAGACUGAUGCGGAUGCCACCGAGUCUGACGAAGUGGCAUCGCUGUUGUGGAGGUUAUGCUCCAAUACUCUCAACGUCCCGGUCAAGCGAAUAAACCACAAUCGAUCUUUUUUGGCUCACGGAGGAGAUUCAAUCACGGCAAUGCAAAUUGUGUCGUCACUUCGGCGAGAACACAAGACUUUGAGAGUAAAAGACCUUUUGUCUUCAUCAACCCUGAGAGAAGCCGCUUCAAGGAUCGGAGACCUACACGCCUAUCAACCCCUGCCGUCAAUAAGCAUCGGCAAACGAUUUCCCAUAUCACCUAUCCAGCAAUUCUUUUUCAACAUUGCCCAGUCACGACAGACGAGAAACCAUUUCCAUCAAAGUGUUUUCCUAAGAUUAAGGGAACGGCAGGAUGUGAUAGCCGUGGAGAGCGCAAUCUCCGAUCUGGUAGAAAGACACCCCAUGUUGAGGGCUAGGUUCGAGCAGUCAUCGUCAGGCGAGUGGACGCAAUUCAUCACAGACGCUGUCAAUUCGUCGUAUGUGUUUGAAUACCACGAAAGGACAACUGCCAAAACUCGAAAGACCACCAUGCUGAAAUCUCGGCUUGCUCUGUCUGCCGAAGACGGACCACUGGUGCGCGUCAGCAUGUUCGAUGAAGGUGGCGUUCAAUAUCUCUUCCUCGUCGUUCAUCAUCUUGUGGUGGACCUUGUGUCCUGGAGAAUCAUUCUCGAGGAGCUCGAGUCUUUACUCGUAGAGGUUCAUCCGAAGUUCCCCAGCUCCUUUCCCUUCCUCGCCUGGGUGGACCAGCAACGGAACGUCGUCCGUACCAUAAAGCCAGCUCGCGUGCUUCCUCAAACUGUUCCCGCAUCAGAUUUCGGAUUCUGGGGCAUCGAGAAACAGCACAACGUCUACGCUGACGUUCAAGAGGAGCGAUUCUCCAUCAGCUCAGCCCUCACCAAUGACGUUCUCGUGACUUGUCAUCAGGCUCUCCGAACCGAGCCUAUCGAUAUUCUCAUCUCCGCCUUGCUCCUGUCAUUUCGCGGCUCUUUUCCGCAGAGGUCUCUGCCAGCAAUUUUCACUGAAGCGCAUGGUAGAGAAGCUUGGGAUGAGCAAAUCGAUCUUUCAAGAACGAUUGGUUGGUUCACUACUAUGUACCCGAUUUACGCAAGCGACUACAAGGACAUCGUUGAUCUGGUCAUGAGAGUUAAAGAUGCCCGUAAAAGGACACCAAACAGGGGUUUCGAUUACUUCAGUACCGCAUUCUUGACAAUGGAAGGGCGCGAAGCCUUCCGAGACCAUCUCCCUGCCGAAGUCCUAUUCAACUACGAGGGCCGAUAUCAAUCUUUGGAGAAAGACAACUCACUCCUGAGACAAGAAUCCUGGACAGCCGGAGAAGCAUUGGAAGAUAACAGCCCCGAACUUCAGCGAUUCUCGCUUUUCGAGAUUGCUGCGAGCGUGCUCGAUGGUUGCCUUCACUUCACUUUUGCGUGGAAUUACAAGUCCAACCAUCAGAGCAUGAUCAAGUCUUGGUCGAAAGAUAUUUCGAGAGCUAUUGAGCGGAUCACGACAACUCUUCAGAGUUCUUCUCGAUCCCUGACUUUGAGCGAUCUUAGUCACUCUGACCUCAACUAUUCUGGACUUGACUCUCUCGCAACAAAGAUACGCAAAAUCCCGGGAGUCCGAGGCUUAGAAGACGUGGAAGAUGCAUAUCCUUGCUCUCCGCUACAGGAGUCUCUGGCUCUCAGCCAGUCCCGGCUCGAAGGGGUAUACGAAGUGGACAUCCAAUGGGAGGUGACCACAGCUAGCGGUGCAAGUGUUGAUCCGAGUCGUUUGGAAGAUGCGUGGCACGAUGUGGUUUCACGUCACGCUGCUUUCAGAACAAUUUUCCUCGAGACAUCGGCAUCAUCCGGAAUGCUUGACCAAGUCGUUCUGAAGAGGGAACUGGGCUAUUGCGAACAGCUGCUUGCUCGAAAUGCUUCAGACGCGAUGGAACGACUCGCUCAUUACCCCCCAAAGCCAAAGGGACUUGGUUCCGGACAACCUCUGCAUCGACUACUCAUUUGCUCUACGGAGGAUGAGCGCACUUUUGUACGAUUCGAGGUCAACCAUAUCGUUUUCGACGGCAUGUCACUUCUCCCAAUGCUAAGAGACCUAUCACUCGCUUACGAUGGGAAACUGGUCACGAAAUGGGGAUCACCGUAUGCAAGCUUCAUCCGCUACAUCCGGGACCAAGGGUUGAGAGAAAAGAGCAUAUCAUACUGGAAACAGUAUCUCACAGGCGCCGAAGCUUGUGUUUUCCCUUCUCUGCUUGACGUCACCAAUGGUGAAAGCGAGCAGAAGGUUGCUCCAGUCUCUCUCAACAUCAGCCACACUGAUCUUCACACCAAGCUUUCGGAAUUGGAGGUGACUCUUCCAGUUUUGAUCCAGUUGACAUGGUCUCUUGUCCUUCGACUUUACACAAAUGGAAAUCAGACUGUCACCGGCUACUUGGCGUCUGGACGUGACGCCCCCGUGGCUGGCAUUGAAGGAGCAAUUGGGCCAUUCAUCUCCAUGCUGCUCUGCUAUAUCGACUUCAGUCAGCCGCGAACCCUUCUUGAUUUGUUGAGAGAAGUGAAGCAGGACUCAAUCAACGGCGCAGCUCACCAGGCCAGCUCUUUGGCAGAGAUUCAGAAUGCCAUUGGCAUCACUGGUGGCACGUUGUUCAAUGCUGGGAUUUCUUUCAUGCCUCUCCUAGACAAACGGGCUCAGCAGGGUUCCAGUCUACUGUUUGAAGAGAAGUCAAUUAACGAUCCAACUGAAUUUGAACUCGCCUUGAUCGUUGAGAGCGGCGAAGAUGCAACUCAGGUUUCCGUGCACUACCGAACCUCCUUCGUCAGCGAGGGUCAUGCCACGAAUAUCGCUGCAGCCGUCAAUCACAUCCUCAUGGAAAUACUCAACGACCCUUCUCGCACCCCAGAUGAGAUUCCCGCUCUCAGCUCACACGAUCUGCGUCAACUUUGGAGUUGGAAUGAAACUUGUAUCGAGGCUGUUGAAGAAUGCGUACACCACUUCGUGGAAAGAACCAUGCAUGCCCAUCCUGACAAGGAAGCCAUCUUCAGUUGGGACGGCUCUCUUUCCUACAAAGAGCUUGACGACCUGUCUCGAAACAUGGCCCAUCAUUUGAAGAAUCUUGGCAUUGGACCGGAAAAAAUAGUUCCUCUGUGUUUUGAGAAGUCAAAAUGGGCCGUGGUCUCGAUGCUCGCGGUCUUGCGUGCUGGCGCAUGCUUCGUCAUGCUUGAUCCAACUCACCCAAAUCCUCGCGUUCUUGCGAUCGCCGACGAGGUCGAGGCUGAAGUUCUUCUUUGCUCGCCUCUCACCGCGUCGAAGUUCGAAGAGAUCGAGGAGAAGACCAUCGUUGUUGAGCCAGGCUUUGCAUGUGGACUGCCAUUCACCAAUCCCAAUGAGCCGGUCUGUUCCACGGUCACUCCAGAUAACGCCAUGUAUGUGGUGUUUACCUCCGGUACGACGGGCGCACCUAAGGGUUCCAUCACGUCCCACCGGGCAUAUUGCACGGGUUUCCGCGAGCAUGCUUGGGCAAUCGAGGUCGGCCCUGAGUCGAGAACGCUCCAAUUCUCCGCUUACAGUUUUGAUGCAAGUGUGGGCGACAUCCUUACUACCCUGCUCGUGGGUGGAUGCAUUUGCAUUCCAUCAGAAGAAGACAGAAGUAUGGAGAUUGCCAACUUCAUUUCCAAGAGCCGCGCAACAUGGGCUGGGUGGACGCCUUCAUUUGCUUCCCUCGUUGACCCAGACACCGUCCCCACACUCACUGUCCUGCUCAUGGCCGGCGAACCAUUACCUGCAUCCCAGGUUGACGCAUGGGUGGAUCGACUGAAACUUCUCAACAUCUACGGUCCAAGUGAAUGCAGUGUUGCCUGCGUUGUCAACAAGGACGUCACUAGGGAAACCAACGCGUCUAACAUUGGUCGUGGUUAUCGGUGCGUCACCUGGGUUGUUGACGAGAAUGAUCAUGAGCGUCUCCGGCCCAUUGGAUCUGCUGGAGAACUUCUUAUCGAGGGUCCAAUUCUCGCUCGAGGCUACUUGAAGAGACCAGAAAAGACUUCAGAAGUGUUUAUCGAUGCCCCUUCUUGGCUUAGGAACGGACCCCAUCCUCGCACCAACCGCUUGUACAAGACCGGUGAUCUGGUAAGGUACAACUCGGAUGGCACCAUCAACUUCAUCGGCCGAAAAGACACCCAAUUGAAGAUCAACGGGCAGCGAGUUGAGAUCGGCGAGAUCGAACAUUCGUUACGCAGCAGCAUACCUCCCACGGCAGGUCCAGUUGUCGUCGACCUUCUCAAGAGAACAGGCGCUGGCGAGCAAGACCUUCUGGCCGCAUUCGUUCACGUUGGUGCAGAAGAUACUUCGCCCGAGGAUCCUGACGACAUCAUUGCAACUGAGGCUCAGGCACUGGAGAAGUUCCAUGGUCUUGUCAAGCAGAUCUACGAGACGACAUCAUCACUUCCACGAUACAUGAGCCCACACGUGUUCAUUCCGCUCAAAGUACUUCCCAUCACCACCGCUGGCAAGCUUGAUCGACGCGCCCUACAACGUGUAACAAGUCGCUUAACUCGUGAUGAGCUUGUCUCGUUCACUUCGGGGGCCAAAGAGACUGGGAGAACUUCCCAAGAGCGGCAGCUCACAGAGAUGUGGAAAAAGGUGCUUCAUGUUUCGUCCAUCGGAAUCCACGACAACUUCUUCCGACUUGGAGGUGAUUCUAUGGCGGCCAUGGCUCUUCGCUCCGAGGCACAGAGGAACGGAAUGGGCAUCUCGGUCUCCGACAUCUUCUCAAACCCUGUUCUUGUCGACAUGGCCAAAGUCAUGGCUAGCGUCAAUGACACGGCCGACCUUGCGCCAGUGGCUUCUUUUUCGCUUCUCGAGGAUUACGACUCGGUCUCUCAGCUAAUUAGCGAAGUUGCUCACGAUUGCAGUAUUUCACCAGAUGCAAUCGAAGACAUUCUUCCUUGCGUUCCCAUGCAAGAAGCUCUCAUGGCACUGUCCUCUCGGCAGCCUUCAGCUCAGACAUACGUACUGCAUGCUCCGUACAAACUUCCCGCUGACAUCGACGAACUGCGCUUUCGGGAGGCUUGGGAGAAAGCGACGGAAACUCAUGCGGUUCUUCGUGGACGAAUCGUUCUCAAGCCGCAAGGUGCCUUACUUGCCAUUGUCAAGGACAAAAUACACGUCGACACUUAUUCUAGGUCUCUAGAAGAAUAUCUGUCCAAGCAGAAACAGCAGGCCUUUGGCUAUGGCACACCACUUCUUCGCCUAGGGCUCGUCAAGCAAGGGAGCGAUCGGUACUUCGUUUUCAACGCUCAUCACGCUGUUUACGAUGGUUGGUCGACGAAGCUGAUCUGGGAUACUGUUCUUCAACACUACCGCGGUGAAACGAUAGCCUCUGCUCCUCAAUUCCAGGCUCUCGUCCAGAUGCUUAAAGCAACCCCGCGUGAGCCAUCUGUGGACUACUGGAAGCAAGCAAUGAUCGACAGACAGGGAGUCGCGUUUCCUUCGGUCCCUGUCUCACACAAACCAGUCGCUCGGUGCAGCACACGUUUCGAGUUCUCAAUUCCAGCUGCAUCAAACUCGGACCGAGAUGUCACAACAGCAACCCUCAUCAACGCUGCCUGGGCCAUCGUCAAUGCACAGUACUCCGCAGAUUCUACGGCUACUUACGGAUGCACCUUAUUUGGCAGAGACUUUCCACUCUCUGGGAUCGAACAGCUUGUCGGUCCUACCAUCGUCACCGUCCCAAGACAGUUUGCCGUUCGCGGAGACCAGUCUCUGGCUGAGUUCCUUGAUUACGUUCAAAAGGUCACUAUCGACAGCAUUCCUCACCAGUAUCUCGGACUCUCUGAGAUCCAAAGCGUCAGCUUAGCAGCACAAGAAGCCUAUGACUUCACGUCUCUGAUGGUUGUUCACCCAGACGCCGCUCUCAAACUGCCGUUUGAGGAGGUGGACAUUAAACCUGUCCCUCUCGAUAAUACGGAAUCCCACACGUAUCCUCUUGCAGUCGAGUUUCUUCCGGUUGGGGAACAACUCACUAUCGAUGUCAGGUUCGAUCCAGACUGUAUAGGCUUGGAAAUGGUCAACAUUGUUAUGGGGCAUUUCAAUCACGUGUUGCAGAGCAUUUGUCAUGCGAAUGCCACCGCGGAUGUUGCCAGCGUCAUGGGUAUCCGACAAAAAGACUUGAGUCUCAUCCACAGCUGGAAUAGCAGUAGCAUCAAGCCAGUGGAGGCAUGUGUCCACAACCUCAUUGAGAGAAAGGCGACAGAGCAGCCCGACAGCCCGGCCGUAGUCUCCCAUGACGCGUCUCUUUCCUACUCCACGCUCGACCAAUGGGCGAAUCAGUUGGCAAGCCAGAUUGUUAGCACUCAGCUGGUAAAGCCUGGCGACUUCGUCGGACUUUGUCUAGAUAAAUCUGCCAGAGCAAUCCCCGCUAUGAUUGCCGUUCUGAAAGCCGGUGGUGCAUUUCUACCCCUCAACCCUGAUCACCCACCAGCGCGCCUUCAAGCUCUGCUAGAAGAGGCAAACACGGAGCUUGUCCUUGCGUCCCCCAGUCGGGCUUCUUCACUUACCAGUGCCUUGGGCUGUAAGGUCUUAUCUGUCAACGACUUCAAUGCAUCCCAGUUGUUCCAAGCGCCUUCGGGCAUUGCGGUUACUCCUGAGCAUCCGGCGUAUCUUCUGUUCACCUCGGGUAGCACCGGAAAACCAAAGGGUGUUGUCAUAGACCAUCAAGCCUGGGCUUCUGCCAUCGCCGCUCAGUCUGCCUACUUCGACUUUGGGCCUCAGAUUCGCAUGUUACAGUUCAGUAGCUACACCUUUGAUGCUAUGAUCUUCGAGAUCUUCAUCACGCUUACAUCGGGUGGCUGUGUCUGCGCCCCUUCAGAGUCUGAGAGGAUGAACGACCUCAGUGGAUAUAUCACAAGAGAACGGGUUAACGCACUUAUAUCGACACCUUCCGUCACCAGACUCAUCGUUCCUGCAAAGGUUCCCACUCUUAAACUCGUCAUGGUUGGAGGUGAGCCGCUGGCACCGUCCGACAUCGAGGCUUGGUUGAGUCAGCCUGGUGUGUCUUUUGUCAAUGCCUAUGGACCGACUGAGGCAUGCGUCAUGGCCACUGCCCGUAAGGUUGCUAUGACGGACAGCAGUUCCAACAUUGGGGUUCCCGUCGGCACAGCUACAUGGGUUAUCAACCCGUUUACUCAAGCCCUGGCUCCUAUCGGAGCAGUUGGAGAGUUGUGCAUUGAAGGGCCUACACUGUCCAGAGGCUACCUUGGAGAUCCGGAAAAGACGAACAUCUCAUUUGAGAAAGACCCAAUAUGCCUCCCAAAAGGAGCUGGUCGACGAAUUUAUCACACAGGAGAUCUGGUGCGGCACAAUGCGGACGGCAGUCUCACCUUUGUCGGCAGACGCGAUGGUCAGGUCAAGCUCCGAGGUCAGCGAAUUGAAGUCGGUGAGAUCGAAGAAAACAUCAGGAAGUUCAUGGCAUCAAACGAUUCCUUCAAGCACAUUGGUGUGGAGCUUUCCGAUGCCUCGGAUGGUCGCACCCAGCCGUUCUUGGCUGCUCUGCUUGUCAUGGACAUUGGAUAUGAUCACAAAGUCAACGGCAUUGGCUGUGCCUCCAUGUUGGAUCCCUCGAACCAAGCUCUCUUUGACACAGCUUCGCAUCUGCAAAAGCAGCUCCGGAAUGCUUUGCCAGAGUACAUGGUUCCAUCAGCCUAUGUUGCCGUCGAGCAAUUGCCUACCACAGCUUCCAGCAAGCGCGACCGCGUUUUUGUGAGGGCCUGCCUCUCAGAGCUGUCGGCCAAGGGACAAUUGUUCCCAGUCUCCGCCAAGUCCGGCGAGAAGAUUGAACUCUUCGGCAACGAAAGACUCCUUCAAGGGUGGUGGGCCAAAGUUCUCAGCAUUGAUCCUGAAAGUAUCUCUGCCAGUGAUCAUUUCUUUGCCUUGGGUGGCAACUCAAUCACAGCCAUCAGGCUUGCUGGUCUCGCAAGAUCCUCUAAAUAUCGUUUGAUGUUUGAAGACAUCUUUUCUUUUCCAGUCCUUUCCGAAAUGGCGUCUCGCACCGCAGCAGAUACCAGGCGGGUUGUCGAGAUGCCACAGGCUUUUGAGCUCUUGCCAGCAGACCAGUACGAGUCCGUGAUCAACAAUGUUCUUCCCCUCUACGGUAUUCGCAAAGAUGAAGUUGAGGAUAUCUAUCCUUGCACGCCGCUUCAGGAAGGUCUUAUGGCGGUAACAGCGAGAAAUCCAGGGGCGUACAUCUCGGCAGACACCAUGGACAUUACAGAGACAGAACUUCCAAAACUCAGAGAGGCAUGGGCCGCGGCGUUUGAAAAGUUCGAGUUGCUCCGAACCAGAAUCAUUCUCAGUCACGAGUAUGGCUCGCUGCAAGUCGUUCUCCAACAACAGCCAGUAUGGCAUGAAACAGACAACGUCGAAAGCUUUCUUGACCUGGUUCAGAAUCUGCAUGGGUACGGCAAGCCAAUGAUCCAUCUCGCAGUGGUCCCUACCUCCAGAGCUGGAAUAGUCCGCGUUGUCUUUAGUUCACAUCAUUCCGUAUACGAUGGCUGGUCGCUUGGUCUGGUUCGCCAGUUCCUCGAAGACCACGUUCUCCGUGAUCCGGCCGGCUCGGACGCUUUCAAGACGGUACCUUUCAAGUCGUUCAUACGGCACCUGGUUGAUCAAGACCCUGAGGAGGCGAGGUCUUACUGGAGUCAGAGAAUGGCGGGUCUGCAAGCACCGCCUUUCCCUCGACCACCGCACAACUCCAAACACCAGCCCUUGGCAACGGCCUUCCUCGAACAAGGUAUAACUCUGCCCGAGGCUCGAGGUCACGGUUCUGUUGCUACAAUUGCCACCAUCAUCCGAGCAGCCUGGUCUCUUACGAUAUCUCAUUACACCGCCAGUCCAGACACCAUCUUCGGUGCAAUCGUUACGGGAAGAGAAAGCGCCGACGUCCCCGAUAUUGAGCUGAUCGCAGGACCAACCAUUGCGACCGUACCUACACGAACCAAGAUCGACUACGAUUUGCCGAUUGGCGACUUUUUAAGAAGCGUGCAGCGGGAUGCUGUCACUGAAUCCCGCUUCUGUCAAUUGGGUCUGUCCGGAAUUGCUCGAAUCAACAAAGAAUGCCAUCAGAGUUGCGAAUUUGGCAGUAUCCUUGUUGUGCAGCCUCCUGUCAACAGCGGAGUAGGCAAAGUACCACAGUUGAGGCAAGGAUCGGUCGCAUCAUCGAAGUUCUUUCCGCAGGCUUUGGUGCUCGAUUGUCAAACAUCCGAGGACAAUGAUGCUGUUACCGUUACACUGAGUUACGACCCGAUAAUUAUGGGCGACUCUCAUGCCCGUUUUGUCCUUUCAACUUUCUCAACCCUCCUUUGCAACCUGGUUGCUGCUCCUCCGACCGACCUACUUCGCGACAUGGCCAGCCUGUCAGAUUCCCAUGUGUCAGAGCUCGCCAGCAUUACAGGACAGAAAGACCUCAACGUGAUUGACUUCUGCACUCACGAGCUUUUCGGUCAACAAGUCAAUGCUCGCCCUGGGAACCCCGCCAUUGACUCUUGGGAUGGCCCAAUGAGCUACCUGGAGCUUGACUGUGCUUCGUCAAUUCUCGCACACCAGCUUCAGAAACUGGGCGUCGGGCCUGAGAAAGCAGCGCCGUUCAUGUUCGACAACUCGAAAUGGGCCAUCGUAUCAAUGCUUGCCAUCUGGAAGGCUGGAGGAUACUUUGUGCCUCUGGAUCCCAAGAGCCCCAAUCAAAGACUGCAGCAUCUCAUUCAGGCUACUGACGCGGGAACCAUCUUGACCUCCUCUCAGUACCGUGAUCGUUGCCUGAAUUUGAAGUGUGAUGUGGUACUAGUCAACGAAGACACCUUCUCAGUGGGAUCCAGUACGUCACUUGCAGUACUCCAACCCACCGCGAAAACACGAGAUACGGCCUAUGUUCUUUUUACAUCCGGCACAACGGGUAUUCCCAAAGGGGUCGUCAUUGAGCAUAGGACUUUGGCAUCCUCAAUCACGGCCCUUGGCAAGUACAUGGGCAUGGAUGUCAACUCCAGAGUUCUCCGGUUUUGCGCCUUCACUUUUGACGCGAUGCUGCUUGACACCUUCGCCACCUUGAUCAACGGCGGAUGCGUUUGUGUUCCCUCCGAAGACCAGAAGAUGAAUGACCUGGUGGGAUUCGUUCAAGAGUUCCAAGUCAAUACCACCUGGUUCACGACCUCACUUUCCAGAAUCAUUGAUCCUGCCUCCGUGCCCACCUUGAAGACAGUUGCAAUGGGUGGCGAAGCAGUACUACAAAGCGAUAUCGACCGGUGGGCGCCAAAAGUCAGACUUGUUUCCGGUUAUGGACCAACGGAGACUUGCAUCAUCACACUUAUGGGAGAGCUGACCCCUUCAACGCCUCCAAACAAUGUCGGGUGGCCGGUCGUUUGCCGAGCUUGGGUAGUGAACCCACUCAAGUCUUCGGAACUGGCUCCAAUCGGAGGUGUCGGCGAGUUAUUCAUCGAGGGCCCCUGUGUUGCCCGGGGUUAUCUUCGCAACGAUGAGGCUACCAAAGCCGCUUUCCUCGAGAACCCCGCGUGGCUGCCCGAGGGAGCUUCAAGCAGAAGGGUCUAUAGGACAGGCGACUUUGUGUACUACAACCCCGACGGCACUUUGAGUUUCUUUGCUCGGAAAGAUUCCCAAGUCAAGAUCCGUGGGCAAAGAGUGGAACUCUCAGAGAUUGAAGAGGCCAUUCGACAGCAUGUUCCCAGUUGGAUGACCACCGCCGUGGAUGUCUUCAAGCCUGGAGGUCAGGACCAGCAGAUACUUGCAGCUGUCUUCGGUGUUGGGGCGCAGUUCCCGGAGCUGCAUCAGAUCAACGACACAAACCCAAGUGCACAGCUUAUCGCAUUCAUGAAGAAACUGUCCAAGAGCCUCAGAACGCACCUGGCUGAGACUCUUCCCGGUCACAUGAUUCCCGAUGCCUACCUUCCUCUUCCUCAACUACCGGUACAAACCUCAGGAAAGCUUGAUCGACGUGUGCUGCAGACCCUGGUCAACUCCAUGACCUUCAAACUCAUAGCCACAUACGCCAAUGAAGAUAAUGCCCGAAGGACACCGCAGACCAACGAAGAAUGCACUUUGGCUCACUUGUGGUCCAAGUCCCUGAACAUCAUUGACGAAACCUCCAUCAGCACAUCAGACAACUUUUUCAGUCUUGGUGGAGACUCAAUCUUGGCCAUGAGACUGGUAGCACUCGUGCGGUCGGAAGGAUACUCGCUCGCUGUUGCACAGAUUUUCUCCAAUCCGACACUCUCCGGAAUGGCUUCAAAGCUGCAGAAACUGGAUGAUGGUCGGCAACAGCGCGAGACCACUGUUCAGUCAAGCCCAGCCACCUCUCCCGUUGACGAUGCUCUGAGAGCCAAGAUUGCGACCAACCACAACUUCACUUUGUCACGAGUGGAGGACGUCUUUGCUUGCACUCCCAUCCAGGAGGCUUUCAUGGAUGACACUGUCCAAGAACCUGGGGCUCAGGUUGUGCAGUUUAUCUUCGCCCUUGACGAUACAAUCAAGCUGUCGCAGCUACGCGGCGCCAUCGAUCGCUGUGCUCACGAGUUUCCCAUUCUUCGCACAAGAAUUGUCCGAGAUUCGAAUCAAUUGUUUCAGGUCGUUCUUUCCGAUAAGAUGCCUUGGAAAGAAUUCUUGUCUGCAAGCCUUGAAAGCGUCUUAAAAGAUGACAAAUUGAUCAGCACCGGUAUUGGUACUGCGCUGGCGAGGGUGUCUAUUGUCCACAACAUCGAGAAACGACGACUGCAUCUGAUCUGGACCCUUCAUCAUUCCCUUUACGACGCCUGGUCACUGAGACUACUCCUCGACGCGGUCAACAAAGCGUACCAGGACCGAACCUGGCAGCCCGUGUCAGAACUACCUUUCAAAAGUCUUGCUGAAAGUAUUAGAGGCAGAGAUGCUAACACAGACCGCACCUUCUGGGCAUCAUAUCUCGCUGGGGCUGGCAACUCUCCUCUCUUCGGCUACCUUUUUGUUCGCGACCCCAUCAAAGACAUGCGAGCAGACUUCCAGGUUCCCCUGCCGCAGAAGACUGAAAGAACGACUUUGACAGCCAAGAUCGCAUCUGCCUGGAUUCGACUGGUCGGACGUCUGACGGAAUCUUCGGACGUAACCAUUGGCUGGCUCGUCACAGGUCGCGCCGCCGCCAUCCCGGGAAUUCAAAAUUGUGUGGGGCCGGCUAUCUCCAAGGUGCCGCUGCGGGUCCGGCUCGGGAGCGGAGACAACACGGCCGAUGUCUCGGAAAAGGUCCAGAGUGAACUGACCCGGCUCAUGCCAUUCGAGCUGUCUGGGUUGAAAACGGUCAGGAAUGCCAGUCAGGAUGCAAGCGAUGCUUGCCGUUUCCCGCUCGACUUGACGGUGCACCCGCAUGGUACUCUCUCGUUCGCCGGUGAGGGCAUCGGAAUGCGCUUCGUGGGAGGCGAAGUUGCGGCAGCUCCUCCGGGCGGUCUCGCUGUUGAAUGCACCAUUAAGGAUAGCGGAAUCGAGGUUGCUAUCUUCUGGGACAAGAGAGCUGCGCGGAAGGAGAAGAUCGAAGACUUUUUGGAAAAUUUCAAGACGGUGUUGCUUGGGGAUUGA